AUGUUGCUGCGUCUCCGAGGACCCGAUGGCAUGGCUCGCCUGACCAUCGAGCCAACAACUACUUUUGGAGAGCUGGGGAGGAUUCUUCUCGAGCAACUUCCCAAGACCGUCGAUCCCAAGACCAUCACUCUGUCCAACGCACCCAACGGGGGGGACUCGAAGCGACUGGGCGAUAUUGUCAACUUCAAGGUUGGCCAGAUCGGUCUCAAGCACGGUGACCUCAUCUUUCUCGGAUACCAGUACGCCGAUGCCACCAAUGGUGAGGCAGCCACCGGUGCCUCAGCCAGACUCAACGGCAAGCCCGUCUUGCCAACCGAAGACUUGCCUAUCAACCCGAAACCCGAGCGCAUCGCCCGCCCAUGGGAAGUGGUGCGCCAGUCCGCCUUGGACGACCGAUUAGACAGACUCGACGGCAAGAUCCCCCGAACCCGCGACCGCAUGUGCCGCCACGGCCCCAAGGGCAUGUGCGACUACUGCCAGCCCAUGGACCCUUUCGACCCAGCAUACCUCGCCGAGAAGAAGAUCAAGUACUUGUCCUUCCACUCCUACCUCCGAAAGACCAACGCCGCCACAAACAAGCCCGAGCUUGGAGCCUCGUACAUACCGCCUCUGGUGGAACCCUACCAUCGAGUUAAGCACGAGUGCCCGUCUGGGCAUCCUCCGUGGCCCGAGGGCAUCUGCACCAAGUGCCAGCCCAGCGCCAUCACCUUGCAACCACAGCAAUUCCGUAUGGUCGACCACGUCGAAUUCUCGUCACCGGCCAUCAUUGACACAUUUAUCGACACUUGGCGAAAGACGGGCUCCCAGCGUCUAGGGUACCUCUAUGGAAAGUAUACAGAAUACACCGAAGUCCCGCUUGGCGUCAAAGCUGUCGUGGAGGCCAUUUAUGAGCCCCCUCAAGUUGACGAGGUUGACGGCAUCACGACGAAUGCUUGGGAAUCCCAAAAGGAGAUCGACCACGUCGCAAAGUUGUGUGGACUGGAACCCGUCGGCGUCAUCUGGACCGAUCUGCUGGAUGCUGGAAACAGCGAUGGCUCCGUCGUGUGCAAGCGCCAUGCCGACUCCUACUUCCUUUCAUCCCUUGAGAUCUGUUACUCGUCGAGGCUCCAGGCGCAAUAUCCCAAGUCUUCCAAGUGGAGUGAUACCGGCAGCUUCGGCUCCAACUUCGUCACAUGCAUCAUUACCGGUAAUGAAGACGGCGAAAUUUCCAUCUCAUCAUACCAGAUGUCCAACGAAUCCGUCGAAAUGGUCCGAGCCGAUAUCGUCGAGCCAGCUGCCGAUCCCAACGUCAUGCUUGUUCGCGAAGAGGAGGAAGAUGACGGCUCCACCAGCCGAACACGAUAUAUCCCUGAAGUGUUUUACCGCAGGGUUAACGAGUACAAGGCCAAUGUUCAGGAGAACGCCAAACCGUCCUUCCCGGUCGAGUAUCUCUUCGUGACACUAACUCACGGCUUCCCCGCCGAGCCAAAGCCCAUGUUCACCCAGCAAGGAUUUCCCGUCGAGAAUCGCGAGUACAUCGGCGAGAGCCAAGAACACUCCUCCCUCGCCAAGUCUCUGAAACUAUCAUCUGGUCAAAAAGCCAACGGUGAUGGGCAAGAAAUGUCCAACUUCCACCUCCUGUGCUUCAUCCACCAGAUGGGAAUCCUCUCCAAGGACGAAGAAUCUCUACUCUGCCGCGUGGCAAGCCAGCAUGACCUCUCCGAUACGUUCCAACUCCGCUCUACCGAGGGUUGGCAAACCCUGCAGGCCAUUCUUCAAUCGACUGGUGAGCGAAUCCCCAAGCGUUCGCGAGAGAGCAACGAAGCUCUCGCGCCCUCCUCCUCCUCUUUGUCCUCCUCGUCUUUUCAACUGCCUGUUCGCGACUCGGGUGAGCCCCUUGCUAAGCGAUUUGCUGCUUUCAGGCUGAACGAGCGUCGAACCUUGUCGGACCGUCCGCCGCCCCCGUCAGAGUGA